CCCAGGCACGCAAGGACGGUGGAGAUCAUCGGCACUGCAGCUCCCACAGCUGUUGUGGUGAUGUAAUGUAGCUCUGUAGUGAUUACGGAUGGCUGUGUGUGCCAGGCUCUGCGGAGUGGGUCAGUCGCGGAGGUGCAGGCGGCGACAGCGGCAAAACCAACAGGACCAGGGAAGCGACUCGGAUAUGGACAUGGACGAGGAGGAAGAGGAGCGGAUUGUGGGCCAGACUCAAGCCGAGACUGGCAGCGGCCCUAGGCCCUCCUCUGCCGCGGCAGGGCCCAGUGUGGCCCAUGACGCGGCUACUGAAUGUAACCGCGCUAGUGUCAACAGACUUGAGAUAGGAAACUGUGGAGGUACCGGGCCGCCGAAACCGCAGUCGUUGCUGGACCUACCCCCGGAGAUUUUAGUAGAAAUCUUCUCCACACUCCCCGGCACAGCGCUUCCAAACCUAGCGCUUGUCUGCAAAAAAUUCAGGCAAAUUCUCAAUACUGAAACGAUCUGGAGAAGGCGAUGUACGGACGAGUUUGGCAUGAGGGAAGACCUUCGGAAGAUGGAGGUGGCGGGUGUGUCCAGCAAAGAGCUCUAUGUUAAACUGCUCCACCCGUACCGACACAUCCUGGGUCUCUGGCAGCCCGACAUCGGCCCUUACGGCGGGCUGCUCAACGUGGUGGUGGAUGGCUUGUUCAUCAUUGGCUGGAUGUACCUGCCCCCACAUGACCCCCGGGUGGAAGAUCCAAUGAGGCGACGGCCGCUCUUCCGCAUUCACAUGUGGGAGAACAAGAAGGCCUCGGUGGAGUGCAUGUACGGACACAAGGGCCCUCACAAGGGGGACAUCCAGACAGGGAAGAAGGAUGAGUUCUCAACCAAAUGCAACCAGACCGACCAUCACCGCAUGCCUGGGGGGAGACAGGAGGAGUUCAGGACGUGGCUGGAGGAGGAGUGGGGUCGGACUCUAGAGGACAUCUUCCAUGAACACAUGCAGGAGCUCAUCCUCAUGAAGUUCAUCUACACCAGCCAAUACGAUAACUGCCUGACGUACCGGCGGAUCUUCCUGCCUCCUCGACUGCCCUCCGACCUGCUGGCGCCCGGCCUCUUCAAGGGCACCUACGGUAGCCACGGCCUGGAGAUAGUCAUGCUCAGCUUCCAUGGGCCCUGGGCCAGAGCCACAAAACUCACUGGUGACCCCAACGUCCCGGCAGGCCAGCUGACCCUAAACGUGGACCUGAGGAAGCCGGUCCGCCUGCCCGACCUGGAGCAGCAGCGCAGCGUUGAGGAGCUGUCUCGCCUGGUGCUUGGCGCCCACGAGGAGGCGCAGAGGGAAAGCCAGCAGGGGGCGGCGGCCGACGUAGAACCAAGCGCCACUCAGGAGGCUGUGGAGGGGGCUGCUGGUGGGUCCAGCCCUGGGUCUCGCUCUGGUCCUGGAUCAGAGGACGGAGUCUGCUCCGAGGGCAGCCACUCAGGCAGCGGCGCCCCACCAGCCCUGGAGCCCCAGCCCUUUGUCCUCCCCCUAGGGGUCAUAGCCCGCAACGAGGUGUACCCCCGCACCUGCAGGAUGUGUUUCUAUGGGACCGGCCUGAUCGCAGGUCAUGGCUUCACCAGCCCGGAGCGCACACCCGGCCUGUUCAUCCUGUUUGACCAGGACCGAUUUGGCUUCAUCUGGCUGGAGCUCAAGUCCUUCAGCCUGUACAGCCGCCUGACCGACCAGCUGCCCCACGCCCACGCACCCAGCAUGGAGCGCUUCGAAGCAAUGCUGCGCAACAUGCAGUCCUGGACAUCCUGAUGGGCAGACACACACUAGUACCAGGAGCUCUGGCUCCAGUCCAUACAGUAUGUAUAAGAUCCUGUCUGUCCCCAUACGUUCUGACAACUCCAUACACGACACAGGCACACUCUAUUCCAUACAUGCACUUUUGUAGCCCGCCUCCUCCCAGCUCGCCUCUGCAGCCCCCGUUUCGAAUGCUGUGGUGUGCCAAAAGGUCACAUGAUGCGCAGAUCUCCUCAACCUAAGCAGCCUUUUUUCAUGUUAUUUAUUUAGUCCGGAUCAGUCAGUCUGUGCCUCUGAUUCGGUUGUGUGUACCAUGUCUGUAUUGCUCAGAAUGCUUCUAAAAACAGCCACACGGUAUUACUAUGGCUGUUGUAUGCUUACUGUGCCCCCCCCCACACACACACACACACCUACACACACACAUACACACAUACCACCACAGCAGUAUGCAUGCUGUAUUUGAUCAGAUUGAUCCUGCGUUCUGUUUAUCCCGCUCUUAUUCACACAGCCGUGAAACACUGUUUAUGGAAAGAUAUUGCUCUGGACUCAGGUCAUACUGUCUCCCACUUCACUCGCAUAGAACAAUUUAAACUGUUUUGUUAUUAUCCUACAAAGGGACAUGUGCAAACCACAGCCAAACUCUUCAGGUGUCUGUAAUAUACCUGUCAAAUUGAAAUAUUAAGAGUGAAAUAAUUUUCUACCUGUAGGCAGGUAAACUUAUCACCUGUAGCUGCAAUGGCCAGUAGGAAGACUGAUAGCAUUGUGGCCUUUGAUCAGGUUAUUGCACAGGCAAUGUACCCUGUCCACUAAGAUCCCCAGGCACACAUUGAACCUACACAGUCUGUAGCGGAACUUUGUCGAUUGCAGUCCCUUCGGCUGUGUGUGAGGUGAGUGGUAGGUCGGUAUGCAGAUCAGUAUCAAUUGUGUCUAUUUUGGAGUUGUAAUGAGCGUUACCAUAACCAGGAAGUCUAUGUGGAUUGAAGGCGCACCAGUCAAAAGAAUGAUCCCCUCCUGCUUUCUCAUGAUUUGAAUGUGUUGGUUCUUUCACGCUGACUUGGCCUCUCCCCCUCCGUGACCAGCAGGUGGGGUGCUGUGUCUCUCCCCCUCCGUGACCAGCAGGUGGGGUGCUGUGUCUCUCCCCCUCCGUGACCAGCAGGUGGGGUGCUGUGUCUCUCCCCCUCCGUGACCAGCAGGUGGGGUGCUGUGUCUCUCCCCCUCCGUGACCAGCAGGUGGGGUGCUGUGUCUCUCCCCCUCCGUGACCAGCAGGUGGGGUGCUGUGUCUCUCCCCCUCCGUGACCAGCAGGUGGGGUGCUGUGUCUCUCCCCCUCCGUGACCAGCAGGUGGGGUGCUGUGUCUCUCCCCCUCCGUGACCAGCAGGUGGGGUGCUGUGUCUCUCCUACUCCAAGUGCACUUCACUUCACAGGGCAGUGAAUAGAGAGUAGAGAAUCUCUUAUCAAGACGCAGUCUUUUUGUGCCCGACUGCUGCUUUACUCAAAUUUGCUAAACAAACUCUACAGGGAGUGGGAAAAGUAAUAUAUAGAGAUAAAUAUAUAGGCUAUAUAUUACAAAAAUAACACAUUUUAAUGUGUAGUUUUGACUUGACUUUGGGUUAAUUGUGUAACACAUACUGGCAUCACAACUGAGUUGAUUUUGGUUUUGUUGUUUUUUGAUAUUGCUCAAAUGCUGAAUCAUCGUCGUCCGCUCUGCUAUCUGAAUGACCCUUGGAGAAGUAUUGUGGUUCUGUAAACCUGUUCUGCUGGAAAACUGUUUGACCUGUUGAACUGCUCACAUCUGACUUCAGGGAGCUUUGCAGCUUUGCCACUCUUCUCUAUCUAUAAUUAAAUAAAAAACAACAAAAAACCUCA